AGGAACGGGCUAAAAUAUUUAAAUAUGAAUAGCGCACUGAUAUGUAUGCUAUUACCGGCAACACAGGUAGUCAUCUAUUGUCUAGUUUAUAGUAAACCGAUGAUUGAAAUGAAAAUUGCUGUAUUCAAUGAAGAGGACAUACAUGUUAAUAGUAAUAAUAACAACAGUGACUAUUUAACUACCGGUGCCGUAGCCGCUGACCAAACAACCUAUAGUCACAAUAUACUCGAAUCACUGAAACCAAUGGAACGACACCUACUGAGACCAGUCGGCUAUCCGACACUUGCGAGUGCUAUACAAGCGGUAGUCGAUGGCCAGGCAGUCGGUGCCGUAUGGUUUCAUCAGAACUAUUCGGAUUCAAUGGACUCGCGACUGGAUAAUCCGUACGAUGCCGAUCAGGAUAUACUAACAUCCAGUUCCCUACAUGUCUAUGUAGAUAAUUCCCAGAUAAUAUUUGGCAAUAUAUUUAUGCAUUCAUUGAGUGAUGCCGUUUGGUCAGUAGUAUCUAACUUAACGACUAACCAACCGGCCAAUCGGCAAUCAUCAUCAGCAGCACCCGGUGCUAGUGGUGGUCGUGCUAGUGGUGCACCACUAAUGAUGGACAUACCUAUCCGUGUUGAGAAAACACCCAAAUCGGCUAAUCUGAUAUUCAAAGAUACUGGCCUAGCGGCUAAUCUGAUGUUUUUUAUCUACCUAAGCCAGAUAGUACUGUCCUCACUGGGUCUGACACAGGAACGUAAAGACGGUCUAUUUGAACGAUCAUUGGUGGCCGGCGUUGGCCAUCAUUUGGUACUSRUAUCACAUUUGCURACYAACYUGGCACUGGUCAACAACGGUACCGGUAUGCUAGCGGCCGGGCUAUUGYUAGCAAUGGCCGUCAACGCGGUUACGUCGGGWCUGGUCAUAUCGGCUGCACUCUAUGAAGAAUAUCAUUGUAUGAUUGUCCUGGGGUUCCUGUGCGCCCCCCAAUUGUUUACGUCGGGUAUGUUUUGGCCMCUGGAAUCSCUGGACCCCCUACUACAACUAGCCAACCGAUUGAGCCCCCUGUGUGUCCCAGUGGAAACUAUGCGCAAUAUUAUAUUGCGCGGUUGGCCACUGGCCAAUCGGGCGGUUAUGUUCGGGUUUGCCGUAACCCUGGCACCCAGUCUACUGUUUCUGGUACUGGCCUUGUUUAUAUUUAGAUAUAGACAAUUUUAG